AUGUCGUCGCAGGAUGCCAAGGUGCUCAAGACAGCGGCGCUGCAAGACUCGGACGCCAAAUGGGUGGGCCUGCGCUCGAUCGAGUGGGUUGAUCCGACGGGCAAACAGCGCAAGUGGGAGUCGGCCGACCGCAAGACCCGCAAGGGUGACGUCGAUGCUGUGGCGAUCAUGACGAUCAUCCAUCGUCCAUCGUCGGAGCCGCACAUCCUGCUCAUCUCGCAGUACCGCCCACCCGUGGGGCAGAGCUGCAUCGAGAUGCCUGCCGGCCUCAUCGACGCGGGCGAAGAGGGCGACGAGGGCACCAACCGCGCCGCACUCCGAGAGCUCGAGGAGGAAACCGGCUACGGCACCGACAAGCAGGGAGGCAAGGUCAAGAUCGAGGAAACGACACCCACCAUGUUCAACGAUCCCGGCCUCACCGGCGCCAACAUGAAGAUGGUGGUGGUGAAUAUCGAGUUGAGCGACAACGCGGACGAGCCCGUCGCCAAGCCCGAGGAGGGCGAGUUUAUCGAAAAGUACCUCGUCCCCGUCAAGGGCCUCUACCAGAGCCUCAAGGACUUCCAGACGAAAGGAUUCGCAGUCGACGCACGCCUCGCCCACCUCGCCAUCGGCCUCGAAGUCGGCUCGGGCAAGAUGGGCCGUCUAUAG